ACUAUCUGUACCGGAAGUUAGGAAAUCAUGUGAUGUACAAAAAUUAUCACAUGAUAUUUGUUUAUCGCGAGAAAGCUUUGCCUAGUGGAAGAAAUUUUCGCUUUUUUAGUUAGGAACUAGCCGCUACUGACAAGUUCAGUUCAUGGUUGCAAUUUGGAUUUGAGUUAGAAAAUGUGGAUGAUUUUAACAAUAAUCAGCCUGCUUCAGGUAGUAACAGUGCAUUCUCUGGAUAAUGGUCUGGCACGGACUCCACCUAUGGGAUGGUUGUCAUGGGAACGAUUUAGAUGUAAUAUUGAUUGCAAGAAUGACCCUGACAAUUGCAUCAGUGAGAAUCUGUACAUGAAGAUGGCUGAUUUAAUGGUAUCAGAAGGGUUUAAAGAUGCUGGCUAUCAGUUUGUUAAUAUAGAUGAUUGUUGGAUGGCUAGAGAACGAGACAGUAAAGGACGUCUACAAGCUGAUCCAGACAGAUUUCCACAUGGUAUUAAAGCUCUGGCUGAUUAUAUUCACAGUAAAGGAUUAAAGUUAGGUAUAUAUGAAGAUUUUGGCACCGAGACAUGUGGUGGAUAUCCUGGUAGUGAAUUUUACAUGCAGUCAGAUGCAAAUAGUUUUGCUGAAUGGGAUGUGGACAUGUUGAAGUUUGAUGGAUGUAAUUCAGAUCCUAAAGAUAUGGACACAGGUUAUCCUAUCAUGGGUCAGUUUUUAAAUCAAACAGGGAGACCUAUUGUAUAUGAAUGUAGUUGGCCUUCGGCUCAGUGGGUUAUUGCUCAUAUUAAGCCUGAUUAUAAAGCAGUAAGAGAACACUGUAAUGUUUGGAGAGUAGCUAGGGACGUCCAGGACGAUUGGGUUAAUGUUCAACAUAUAAUCGAUGUUUACGGAACAGAUGAUUCGGGGUUCACAAACUUCACAGGGCCAGGAGGUUUCAGUGAUCCAGAUAUGUUGGUUGUUGGGGAUUUUGGAUUAAGUUAUAAUCAGCAGAAGACCCAGAUGGCGCUGUGGUCCUUAUGGUCAGCACCAUUAUUUAUGUCAACAGAUUUGCGUACAAUAGACAGCGCAUCUAAAGCAUUAUUACAACAUCCGGGGCUAAUAGCCAUUAAUCAGGAUCCACUAGGAGCACAGGCUGUUAGACUUUAUCAGAUAAGUAGCCUUGGAGUAUGGUUAAAACCAUUAGCUAAAACAGGGAGUUACGCGAUAGGUAUUGUCAACCGUGAUAAUCAGGGUAUGCCGAAUACAGUCAAGUUACAACUAAAUCAACUAGGAUUACCAGGACCAAGCUAUAAUAUAUCAGAUGUAUUUGAAAAUAAACCAUUAGGAGUUUAUACAUCUACCGAUAUGUUUAUCAUGUCUAUUGAACCAACUAGUAUAUUUAUUGGUUUAGCUGUUCCUUCAUCUUAAAGUCUAGUCUGAAUAAUCUGUCAUCAUCAAACAACCUUUAAUCUGCCUUUAAUUAUACUAAUGGUUCAACAUGCAUGUAUAUUAAUUAAGAAAUUCAAAGAGUGUUCGCUCUCGUAUUUGUGAUAUUGUCGGGGAAUCCCCGUUGUUUAUCUCUAGUUUAUCAGUCUCUAAUCAUACUAAUGGUUGACUGUAAUGAAUAUCAAUUAAAAAAUUCUAACAGUGUUGGUUUAGCUGUUCCUUAAUCUUCACGUGGCAGUGUAUCAAUAAUCUGUGGUCAUUGAUCGACCUUUAAUCAAAGUAAUUGUUGAAUAUGCAUAUUAAUUUUCUUUAAAGAAAUUUGUCUUAGUUACCGUAUUUUUAAUAUUGUUGGGUAAUCCCCGACGUCUUGGGUAAUUUGAUCAGCUUUUACUCAUGUUGAAUAUGCAUAUUAAUUAAGGAAUUCAAACUAUAAGUAAUUCAUUAGUCAGCCCUUUAAUCAUAUUAAUUGUUGAAUAUGCAUAUUAAUAAAGAAAUUCUAACAGUAUAUUAGUGUUGAGUCAUGUCCGUUGUUUAUCACUCCAUAACGUCAUUUACGUUAGAGUUUUCAAACGUUAUAUUUGAGAAAUGUGAAGGUGGUAAGAUUCUAUACAUUUGUAGAUGAUCAUAAUAUAUUAUAUUUUAACCCCAUGAAUGGAUGUGCUUUGUUUUUUUACGAAUUAAAAACAAUAUUGCAAUGUAUUACUCCAUAACGUCAUUUACGUUAGAGUUUUCAAACGUUAUAUUUGGGAAAUGUGAAGGUGGUAAGAUUCUAUACAUUUGUAGAUGACCAUAAUAUAUUAUAUUUUAACCCCACGAAUGAAUGUGCUUUGUUUUUAUGAAUUAAUAAUAAUAUUGCUAUGUUAAUACCUUCAUUUAAAACUAUCCUAUUGUGUAUCGUUUUUUCAAAAUGUCUACAAUCAAGCCAACUACUAGCGUUUUCAGAGGUUUAGUUGUUAAAAGUUUACCUUAAAAGUUUGUUGAUAUAUAGACUCAAGCUAGAUAUUGAGUACGUUUAACCAAGUGAACGUAAAAAGUUCGUCUUAAGCCCGUUUUCCAUGUACGCGGUGGAAAUAGUCCCAUCACAUUGGCAUUAGAUCGAAUUUACAUCGGCGAAAAAGGAAAACGGGCCUUACAGUGAACCAAAUUCUGUAUGUACAUGUAAUAGGUUUAGCUUCUUUAAAGAGCUUUUAUUACUUCCACCAAGAAUUUAAAAAAUCUACAGUGCUGUAUAUUAUCAUUAGUUCAAUAGUGACUCUUGUACAUUUAAACAUUCCAGGAAGUUGAUAAAUAUUUAUUUUCAUCUAUAUUUUUAUAAUUGUAUUCAAAUGUAACGCAUGUGAUAUUUGUAUUAAUUAUGUGAUUAUUACACGUGAUAUUUGUAUUAAUUUGUUAUAUGUAUUAAUUGUUAGGGUAGACCGCAUUCGCAAGAAAGAGAUCGCAGCAAAUCGGGCCUCAUACAUGAGUCAUCUGAUAUGUUUAUCCAUGACUGGAUUUAUAUCUAUUAUUUUCUCGACUACUUUCGUUUUGUUAGUUACUUAUGUAUUCAAUCCUACAAAUAUUUUAACUGCCUAAGAUAUCUCACUAUAUGUUGAUUUUUGCAUUUGCACUUAUUUCUGAUUAUUGAAUAAUCAUUAUAAUCAUUAUAAUAAUUUAUAUCCUGAAAUUUCGGAUAGUAAAAUGAUGAAUAGAUGUUCCAUACAUAAUUUGAUACUCAGGCAGUUUUUGAUCUGGAAUCAAAGAAGGGUUCCAGGUUUUAGUGAUUAUCAUCUUGGCAUCUUUGAGGUUAUAAAGAUUAACAUCAUUAGAAUGAUAAAAAUAUUUUAUAGACCACGGGAUGACAUGGAUUUAAUUGACGUCAGCCAUUAGAGAAUUACUGGUCUUAUUCCCGAUGCCGAUACCAUGGCCUAUUUCACCAAAGUGUCCUAUAUCAUAUGAUUGUAGAAAUCCAUACAGCUGUAUAUUUUUGUCAUGUGCCUUAUUAUUAAAUGUUUAUAAUAAAUGUGAUACAUGGUUGUCAAUAAACAUGAAUAAAUAUUC